UUUUUUCUCAUAAAGCAACAAAAAUGAUAUACACUAGUUAUAGUAACCCAAAGCUUCAAAAAAGCAGCUGCUAAGUGCUGCUAAAUAUAUUGGAAUAAAAGUAAAGUUAAAGCCCCCCACUUAACAAAGAAAAAAGUAGAGUGAAUUUGAGAAAUAAAGAAGGGGAAAGUAAAGAAAUUGUUUUCCAGUUUGGCCAGUAAUGGCGGUUUCUAUUCCUGUUCUUGUAAUUGUUAUUGCACUUCAUCUCAUUGCCUUUGUUCUUGCUGUCGGUGCUGAACGACGUCGUAGCACGGCGAAAGUUGUACCGGAUGAGUAUGAUGAAAGGACGUACUGUUUGUAUGGAACGGAUGCUUCUACAGCCUAUGGAUUGGCGGCAUUUGGGUUGCUUCUGAUUAGCCAAACGUUGGUUAACGGCGUUACCAAGUGCUUGUGUUUUGGAAGAGGAAUGAUGGGUGGUAGUUCUACUACUUGUGCCAUUUUCUUCUUUGUCUUCUCCUGGGUUAGCUUUUUAGGAGCAGAAGCAUGCUUAUUGGCAGGAUCAGCAAGGAAUGCAUAUCAUACAAAGUAUCGCGCAGUUUUCCGAGUUGAAAACUUGUCAUGUGCCACCCUCCGAAAAGGUGUAUUUGCUGCUGGCGCUGCCCUGACCUUAUUAUCAAUGAUCGGAUCAAUUUUCUACUACUGGAUACACUCAAAGGCUGAUACCGGUGGAUGGCAAAAACACCAAAACGAAGGACUUGGAAUGGCAACAUCUAACUACACCGAAUCUACUGAAAGAAAGGGCUGAAUCCGUGUUUCUUCUAAAGGUCCAUUACAUUUACAAAUCGAACAAGGUAUUUUGAUAAGGAACUUAAACAUGAAGAGUUCUAGUUCUUUGUUUGGGUUUGUACCAUCCUUAGUUACAUACAUAAUAUAUUAUAUAUGAACGUAGUCCAUAGGAAUUUAAGUAAAGUCGUAUUAGCAGCAUCCGCGUCCACGUCCACGUCGUGUCUGUAAUAGCUUUUCUGAGGUAUGAUUUUCUUGGUAGUGAACUUGAAAAAGGGUACAAUUUUACAGUUUGAAACUAUUUUCUGCAGUUUAUUUUGUGAUUCUAUGUCAGUGGACAAACUAUGAAAUGAAAGAAUGGUAUUCACUUUC